AUGGAACUGAACUCUGUCCGGGCAAGAGAUGUGCUCCGAGUACAAAGCAAAGCAACACAGGGACUCCUGGUGGCAAAGCGCACAAAUCCAGAGCCACCUGGGGAGAGGGAAGUUCUGCUGGUGGAAACAGUGGACGCCACAGGGACCUACGUCUUCCUGAAGCUUUUCCAGGGCCCGGGUGGCGCUGUCCAUGAUGGGAGGGGGAGGGGAACCCUGGUCUGUCAGGACCCCAGGACUGAGGAGGCUCAUGGGGAGGAGGGUGCUGCUCAGGGUUCAGGGCAAAUCUCUCACAGGGACUCUCUUCCAGGGCUGAGUGUGGGCCUCAGGACCCCAGUGCAGGCAGGAACCCUCCCCAAGCCCACCCUCUGGGCUGAGCCCGGCCCUGUGAUCUCCUGGGGGAGCCCCGUGACCAUCUGGUGUCAGGGGAUUCCAGGGGCUGAGGAGUACCGUCUGGAGAAAGAGGGAAGCCCAGCACCAUGGAAAAGACAGAAGCCACAGGAGCCCGGGGACAGGGCCAAGGUCUUUAUCACACACGUGACAGAGCAUGAUGCAGGGAGAUAUCAAUGUCACUACCUCAGCUCCAAAAACUGGUCAGAGCGCAGUGACCCCCUGGAGCUGGUGAUGGUGAAUGGAUCCUCCAGCAAACCCAGCCUCUCAGCCCUGCCCAGCCAUGUGGUGACCUCAGGAGGGAACGUGACCCUCCAGUGUGGUUCAGGGCAGGGAUUUGACAGGUUCCUUCUGACUAAGGAAGGAGAUCACAGGCUCUACAGGACCCUGGACUCACAGCCACAGCCCAGUGGGCAGGUCCAGGCUCUGUUCCCUGUGGGCCCCGUGACUCCCAGCCACAGGUGGAUGUUCAGAUGCUAUGGCUGUUACAGGGACAGCCCCCAGGUGUGCUCACCACUUAGUGACCCCCUGGAGCUCCUGGUCCCAGGUGAGUCUGGGAAGCCCUCCCUCCUGACCCAGCAGGGCCCCAUCGUGGCCUCUGGACAGAGCCUGACCCUCCAGUGUCGCUCUGAUGGCGGCUAUGACAGAUUCGCUCUGCACAAGGAGGGGGGACGGGACCUCCCCCAGAGCCUUGUCCUGCAGCCCCAGGCUGGGCUCUCUCAGGCCCACGUUCCCCUGGACAUUACCAAUGGCUCCCACGGGGGCCGGUACAGAUGCUACAGUGGAUACAGGCUCUCCUCUGAGUGGUCGGCCCCCAGUGACCCCCUGGACAUCCUGGUGGCAGGACACCUGCCUGACAGACCCUCCCUCUCGGUGCAGCCAGGCCCCAGGGUGGCCUCAGGAGUGAACGUGACCCUGCUGUGUCAGUCACAGAGACCGAGGGAGACUUUCCUUCUGUCCAAGGAGGGGGCAGCCAACCCCCCGCUUCGUCUGAGAUCAGAGCACCGAGCUGGGCAGUACCAGGCGGAGUUCUCCAUGAGCCCUGUGGCCUCAGCCCACGGGGGCACCUACAGGUGCUACAGCUCACACAGCUCCUCCCCCUUCCUGCUGUCACUCCCCAGUGAGCCCCUGGAGCUCCUGGUCUCAGGUGAGGGCCCCUGACCCUGUCUGCUGAGCUGUCAGCUCAGGGUCCGGUCCCCAGAACAAUCAUGGGCUGAAAGGGAGGGAGGGGCUGUAGGGAUGGUCACCCAGAGGAGAUCUGCCCCUCAGAGACCCCCUAUUCCCUCUCCACCCCUCCCCCUCACCUGGUCCAGAAGGUGCCAGGUGGGCGGUGGGAGGGACUUUGUGAGGACUCUGUGUGAGGGGGGCUCCAGGGUCAGCCCUAGACUCUCACUCUCUUCUUGUCCUUCCCAGACCCCCUGGGACCCAGCCCCCCUCCCACAUGGUCCCCUUUGCUCAGAGGGAGAGAGCUCCCCUGGGCAGUUCUGAGACUGAGGGUCUAAUGCCGCCCAUGCGCUAAGGGCAGGCGGUCUCC